UUGUUUGAACUCCGCAGGCCGUGUCCAGCCAGCUGAAUGCAGUCACUGAGGAUAUGUACACCAACGGGUCCACAGCCCCAGGGAGCCCUGCCCAGGCCAAGGGGCAGGAGGUGCGGAGAGUACGGCUCAUACAGUUUGAGAAGGUCACAGAGGAGCCCAUGGGAAUCACUCUGAAACUGAAUGAAAAACAGUCCUGUACCGUGGCCCGGAUUCUUCAUGGUGGCAUGAUCCAUAGGCAGGGCUCCCUUCAUGUGGGGGAUGAGAUCCUAGAAAUCAAUGGCACAAAUGUGACUAACCACUCGGUAGAUCAGCUGCAGAAGGCCAUGAAAGAAACCAAAGGAAUGAUCUCAUUAAAAGUAAUUCCCAACCAGCAAAGUCGUCUUCCUGUAUUACAGAUGUUCAUGAGAGCACAGUUUGACUACGAUCCCAAAAAGGACAGUCUGAUCCCUUGCAAGGAGGCGGGAUUAAAGUUCGUUACUGGGGACAUUAUCCAGAUCAUCAACAAGGAUGACAGCAACUGGUGGCAGGGGCGGGUGGAAGGCUCCUCCAAGGAGUCUGCAGGACUGAUCCCUUCCCCCGAGCUGCAGGAAUGGCGAGUGGCGAGCGUGGCUCAGUCUGCUCCAAGUGAAGCCCCGAGCUGCAGUCCGUUUGGGAAGAAGAAGAAGUACAAAGACAAGUACCUAGCCAAGCACAGCUCAAUUUUUGACCAGUUGGAUGUUGUUUCGUAUGAGGAAGUUGUUCGGCUCCCUGCGUUCAAGAGGAAGACCUUGGUGUUGAUCGGGGCCAGCGGGGUGGGUCGCAGCCACAUUAAGAAUGCCUUGCUCAGCCAGAAUCCAGAAAAGUUCGUGUACCCUGCCCCAUACACAACACGGCCACCGAGGAAGAGUGAGGAAGAUGGGAAAGAGUACCAUUUCAUCUCAACGGAGGAGAUGACACGGAACAUUUCUGCCAACGAGUUCUUGGAGUUUGGCAGCUACCAGGGCAACAUGUUUGGGACCAAAUUUGAAACCGUGCACCAGAUUCAUAAACAGGACAAGAUUGCUAUCCUCGACAUUGAGCCCCAGACCCUGAAGAUUGUUCGGACAGCAGAGCUUUCACCUUUCAUUGUGUUCAUUGCGCCCACUGACCAGGGUGUUCAGACAGAAGCCCUGCAGCAGCUGCAGAAGGACUCUGAGGCUAUCCGCAGCCAGUAUGCUCACUACUUUGACCUCUCUCUGGUCAAUAACGGUGUUGAUGAAACCCUUCAGAAACUACAGGAAGCCUUUGAGCAGGCGUGCAGCUCUCCACAGUGGGUGCCUGUCUCUUGGGUUUACUAAGCUUGCGGCACAGGGGAACCAGUGUGCCUCUCUCCACUUCCCUUGCUUUAAGAAAAAAGGGCUGCUUCAACUAGUUCUGUCAGCUUCCGGCUCUCUGCCACUGUCCUGAUAGGCCACUAAGGCCAUCUCCUCACUCAGGCUCCCAAAGGGCUGGGUUUGCUUUUCCUGAUGAUGGGGUCCUACUCAUCUGGAUCUCAAAAAGGCAUCUGGAAACUGGAAAUAAGAAGUUCUAGCAAAAUGCAACUGCUAAUCAAA